AUGCAUCAGAAGUGGAAAAAGCGGCAGUUUCAGUAUCCGGAACAGAUGGCAUUGUAUUUGUACCCUGUUUUACUGGUCUUUAUACGCCAUAUUGGGAUUCAACAGCACGUGACCCAAGAAAUGAUUGAGGCCAUUUGCACUGAUAUGUCACACAAUCAGAAGAUCAAAGCUCUCAAGGUUGACGGCGGUAUGACGGUGAAUUCAUUUUUCUUGCAACUAUUAAGUGAUAUUCUUGGAAUAGAUGUAGUUAAAUCAUCCAACACUGAAGCUUCUUCAUGGGGUGCUGCAAUGGUAGCAGCUAUUGGCGCUCAAAUUAUCAGUUUUGAAGAUAUUAGAAAAUAUCACGUAGAAGAUGAAAUUAUUAUUCAAACACCAAAAAUAAGUGACAAUGAGCGCCAACUGAUGAUUCGUCGAUGGAAAAAAGGAAUUCGUCGUGCACGUGGAUGGCUUAAAGAUGAAUAA